CUGAUCACAUGCCGCUUGAGAGGAGAGCUGGUAAUCAGCUUUCCGCGGAGGGGACAUGUACACUGAUCAUCAGGGCACUGAUGAUCAGUGUGCCCUGAUGAUCAGUGUAGCCCCAGCAGCGCCACCUGUCAGUGUCCAUCUGUGCCUUGUGUCAGUGCCCAUCAGUGCCACAUCAAUGCCACAUAUCAGUGCACAUCAAUGCCACAUAUUAGUGCCCAUCUGAGCUGCCUUUCAGUGUCACCCAUCAGUGCCAAUCAGUGCCACCUAUCAAUGCCAAUCAGUGCCACCUAUCAGUGCUGCCAGUCAGGGCC